CCAAUCUCCGAGUUUUGGGGAGUUUGCUGAGUUGCGCCGGGAAUCAGGUCAUGCAUGGCUGAGGCAACGAAUCCUACAUUUCGUGGUGGCCAUCCAGGAGGCAGAACAAUGAAGAAUAAUGCAGGAAAAGACUUGAACCCACGGUUCCCCUUCUUUGUUUUUCCCACAACGGUUCCGAUCUUCGUUCUCCGUCCCUACUAGCCCCCAAAGGAGAACGGAAAGAUGGAUCAACUACCACCGGGUCCGCAUCCUUCGGUCGUCACCACGGCACUGGUCGUUGUCUCGGCCCUCUUCCCCGUUAUCUCGGCCAUCUCCAUCGGGCUUCGUCUCGCCGCCCGCCGCAAGGCCAGUCAGGCACUCCAUGUCGACGACUACUGGAUCAUCGCUUCUUGGUUCUUGACGUUGGGCAUCAGUAUCCUCGUCUGGUACUUCACCCCACGGACGGGAAUCAACUACUUCGAUGUCGACUUCAUGACCGGGACCGAGUCGUCCCUAGAGCUCAUCUUCCUUUCAUCUUGCUACGUGCAGUUCCCCCUCGGCGCGGUCAAGAUCGCGGUGCUGCUCUUCUACAAGCGUGUAUUCCCAACGCCCAUGUUCCGGGCCGUUGUGUGGUGCGUCAUCGGCAUCGUCAGCGUCUGGUCCGUCCUGUUCUUCCUGCUCGUCCUUCUCGAACUCGACCCGAUCGCAUUCCCGCUCAUGACGGCCGGCCUGCGGCUCGACACCACGGCCGUCGGUCUCGGGCAAGUGGCGAGCAGCUUCGUGCUCGAUCUCCUUGUGCUGUGCCUCCCCCUCCCCGUGAUCGCCCGCCUCCACAUGAAGUGGGAGCGCAAGGUCGCCGUGGCCCUGAUCUUCUGGCUCGGAGCCUUCUGCGCUGUGGCCGCCAUCGUGCGAACCGUCCUGCUGGACCAGUCCAUCCGUGAGGUCGUCGGAUCAGAUUCCUACAACAAAGUUGCCAACCAGUCCAAGCAAUACAUCUUCAUGGUUCUAGAACCCAACUGCUCGAUCCUGGCGGCCUGCCUGCCAACCUACGGCCCGCUGGUGUCGGGCGGCCGCGCGCCCGAGUCCAUUGUGCGGAGCGUGCGCAGCGUGUUCAGUCUCCGCAGCGCCCGGAGCAACAACGCGUCGGCGGCGAGCCUGCCGCGGAGCCGGCGCAAGAGCGCGGGCGAGUCCCAGGUGGAGCUACACGACGUCGAUGUCGAUACUUACUCCCGCAAGGCUUCCCGCGAGGUUGUGCCGCCCGUUCCUUCUGUGAAGGCGCAGGCUGGGAACAACCCGGCGACGGGAGAGUGGUAGAUUUACCAAGAGACAAUUAGUCCGGCUACGGGUUUGCACGACCGUGGACGGCAACGGCUUUGUGCGUUAUUAGAUACCUGUAAUCUGUAGCUUUAGAGGUUUAAUCAGUCUGGAACUCAAUCCUUGCUGUUGGUACUGCAA